AUGUCCGCCCAGGGUAGCUCUAUGUCUCCGGACCCGCAAGAUCAGAAUGGUCCUGGUCGCCGAGCAGAUCGGGCCCGCGAUUCGGUUUCGAGCAAUGACCCUUCUGGCGCAGGCGCAGACGGUUCGCAGGAUAAACCGCGUCUGACGGAGCAGGAGAAGAAGAACAACCAUAUCGCAUCUGAGCAGAAACGCCGUGCGGCUAUUCGCGAGGGAUUUGACCGUCUCACCGAGCUGGUACCCGGUCUGGAGGGGCAGGGACGCAGUGAGAGCGUGGUGCUGAAGAAGACCGUGGACUUUCUGCGCCUGAAGUUGCAGGAAAGACAGGAACUUGUCGCUGAGAUUGAAAGAAUCGGUGGACAUGUCGAUGAUACAUAUCGCAGGGGCUGA